AACGUCAGUAUAGUCUGCUCAUAGCGCUAUAGAGAUACUUCCGAAGACAAAAACGUGUGUAAAUUGUAUUAUUUUUAUGUAAAACUUGUGAUAAUUAUAUAAUCUUUAUUCAAAAUGAACGUAAGUUUUAAACCGCUAUCAAUUUUUGUGUUAAUAACAUUAACAAGUAUGUGCGAAGGAGGUUUACCAAUAUUUGACGCGAUUGUAUCGGGUGUCCAAAAAACUCGGUCGGAUAUUCAUAAUACUGCUCACAAGAUAAUCGAUACUCUGCGACCAAAUACGGAUAUCAGCUUUAACUUUGGGACAAGUUUUAAUAUCAAUCGAGGACAGCAUGUUUACGGUCCACCUAAUCAACCAGAAUAUGGAGUGCCUCCGGUACCACCUCAACAGCAACCGAAUUACGAACCACAAAACAACAAUCGACCCAAUAUUCCUGAUCAAAAUGGUUAUUACUACAAUAAGCCAAAUGAACAGCUGAACGACAACUAUAAUAAACCAAAUUACCCACACAUGGUCCAAAACAAUGGCAAUGCUAAUCUAAAUGAUAAUCAAGUUCCUACAAAUCAAAACAAAAAUGAAUACUACGACAAAAACGCUCAUUAUCAAGAAGAUACGUCAAAACCAAAACAAGAAACGAACCAGUCGCAAAUUGAGGCAGUGUUGGACAACAUUUUUGGUAACAAAAAACUCGAUGACAACAACAAUAAAUCAGAACACCACGACGACAAAAAUAAGGACGAUGAGCCGCUUUUCGUUCCACUGAACCCGAAAAGAGAGACCGCCGAGACUCAUGACCAAGUAAAAAACGAUGAUGAGGAAUUUCCAAUAGAUAUAAGGUUUAAACAAGAAUAAAUAUUAAAUUUAUUUUAAAUAUAACUAUUCAAUGUGUAAUUAAAUUUUCCAGAAGCUAUGAUUUGUGGUAAUAUUGAAAUAAAAGUAUUCUAACAAAGACGCAUUUAUUGUAUACUUUUAUUUAUAUCUAAAAGUAUGGUAUGUAUCUUCUGUCCUUGAAUGAGUCGAUGAUGUAUUGUAAGUUUGUUUGAUGAAAUAAAUAAAAUAUUUUUAAAAUGUAACGAGCUGUACAUCUAAUAAAUACGUCUAAUUAUAUGAUUGUUCAUUUAGUUACUCUUC